CUCUCUCUGACACCGGUGACAGGGCAGGGGAGAGAGGUGGCUUUCAGUUCUAGCCUACAGUACACAGUGAAACAGUAGACGUCCCCUUAUGCAUUUUUAACAGCUCAGCAGGUGAUGGGAACAGUUUGGUUGGGACAGUUUGUCCACAGAUAGAGUGACCAAGUGAUCAGGUGAGUCCGAAACCGCUCUGUUUAUUUGCCAAUAAUAUUUGUAAGUGAUUAUUUGCACACUAACUUUGUUUGCAAGAUUGUACCCUUUGCCUGCACAAAACAGCAAUGACUUGGCUAGCUUUGAUAACGACUCAGAACAUACAUUGGCUGUUAGAUUCUGCAUUAUCUGUUUCAUAUGUUAUAUACUUGACUCUUUAGUUAAUGAGCACUUGAAGUGACGUCUCCGGAAAUGAUCUAAUCUUUGUAAACAUGUGCCUUGAAGCUGAUAUGUUAAUAUCUGGAUUCAUUGAGGUGUCUGUCAGUCCUUGACUUUUCGAGUUGUCCUGUGUGCUGUAAUUACGAGAGGGAAUUGCAAGCCAAGGUGGAUCAACUCGAUUAAAGACAAGGAUUUACUUUAAAGGGAUUAUCAUUCACAAAUCAAACCUGUUCUUUUCCCCAUAGCUUUUAAUGACAUCCCUUGUCAUUUGCCUGGAGUAAAAGAGGACUCUUUCUUAUGAACUACUAUCUCAAUAGGCUCACCUUUGACACUUUAUGUGAAAAGAAAAACAGGUGGUGCAAACCGCCUGGCUUUCAUUUCUUUGGGAAGCCCUUCUAUCUGUCUCAGGAGAAGCAAUAGACGCUUCUGAGGUGUGCUAGUAAAAUAGGAUGCCGGGAGCUAGUGGCGUCAACGUUGAGGGGUCUUGUGAGGCCCUGUGUCGAACUCUUGUCUCCCAGAAGGGCCUCCAGAGAGAGACGGCUGACAUCUCCCAUUCUGUCCUCUACACCUCAUUGAUGGGCCUGCUUCUGGUCACCGACAACGAGAAAGAGCAGCUCAGCAUAGGAAGUGGAAGGGUUGGCCUUAGAAACAUAGGAAACACAUGUUUCCUGAACGCAGUAGUCCAAUGUUUGUCUCACACACGUGGCCUACGGGACUACAGCCUCCUCAUGUCCUACAGGGAUGAGAGGUUCUCCAAAGAGGAGGCUAAACUCAUGGAAGCUUUCUCUCAGGUGCUGUCAGGCCUUUGGGAUGUAAAUGAAGGGGACACAGUUGUAAACCCACGACAAUUUUAUAACAUUUUUAAAGAAGCGGUGCCUUACUUCAGUGGAUACAGUCAACAGGAUGCACAGGAGUUCCUCAGGUUCCUAUUGGACAAGCUGCACACAGAAAUAAAUCGCAGACCCUACGUUCGACGAACAGGGAAAGAGCCUGAACAAACAAUUGCCAGAUUUAGGAUUUCAGAAGAGGCAGCUGCCAUGUGGAAGAAACACUUGGAGAGAGAUGACAGCAGAAUAGUAGACCUGUUCUCUGGCCAGCUGAGGAGCUCGCUGCAUUGCUCCGUGUGCUCUCACUCCUCCAACACAUUCGAUGUGUUCUGUGAUCUGUCGCUGCCCAUCCCCAAGAGGAGCUCUGCUGGGGAGGUCACGCUAAGGGAGUGCCUGGAGCUCUUCUCUCAGGAGGAGAAACUGGACAAGGAGAAUUCACCGAUGUGUGAGAGGUGUAACAGGCAUACAGAGUGCACCAAGAGGCUUUCCAUCCAGAGGUUUCCCCAGGUUAUUGUGAUCCAUCUGAACCGUUUUACAACCUCACGGUGGUCUAUCAGUAAGGGCACAGUGUAUGUGUCCUUCCCUCUCACUAACCUGGACCUUGGGCGCUACGGGCCUGUCGACAGUGGGCCAGUUCUGUAUGAUUUAUAUGCAAUAUGUAACCAUGCUGGAACGGUGAACAUGGGCCACUACACAGCCUGCUGUUCAGAUGAAAAUGGUUGGUGCUUCUACAACGACUCCAGUGUGACUCCAGUUUCAGAGAACCAGCUUCAGACCAAUCAAGCCUAUGUGCUGUUCUACCAGCGCAGCAACAGCACCACCGCCGUCAGGAAAUAGACCCGAGACUGGCUGAGCCAAGCAGCCAAUCAGAGCAACUUUACCUCCAGUGACCAUAGAAACAAAUAGAAGCAGCAGUGCUGGCAUCUACGAACAGCUCAAUCUCAAUGAGCAUGCCCUCAAAUAAACUCUGAGGAGGUGAGAGAAGCCAUGCUCACUUUAGGGAGAGCUUGAAGAGGCGACCUUCUCCUCCUGAAUCAUGGAGAUGCAGUGAGAGUGCUGAGGCAGCUCAGACAGACUGCAGCCUUAAGAGUCUCUGUGCCCUACUUCUCAGGCAGCAGCGAGCACUUGCACAUGAUGCAGAGCUCUACAUGCAAGAUAAUUGUGAUUCAUGCUUGCGAUGCAACAUAAACCCAAAUAAACAAAGAUACAUUUUAGUUGACAUAGGACUUUCAUUUAAAGCUAGUUUUGUGAAAAUAUACAGUACUUAAAUUUAAUAAGUAAAAAUCUGUAGUCUAUGCUAAAUCUAAGGUGUCUUCAGUUAACCCUGAAACUAUAUUUU